AUGUGGGUUAUAUUUGGUUUUGAGAUGCAGGCCAAAACGGUGACCGUCGUUCAAUUGCCCAUACAUCUGGAACACCAACAUCGUUUCAUGUUCCAGCCAAACGAAAAUGUAAAUUCUGUGUUAGAACGAGGUCAUCAUACCAUUUUAACGCGCUUUUUCCAGCUGGCAGCAAAUGAUCCUGGCGCACGGAAUCUAACGUAUCAAGAAGUCCCAAUUUACUAUCGGUUUGAUAAACCCACUCAUCGAUUGCCAUGGUACAACGGACCAGGAAUGCAAUGGGUCUCACGCAUUAGAGAGUUCUGUAUCGUGGUUGGUCGAAUGGUGUACUGCUCUAUGUCACAAAUGGAACGGUAUUGCCUACGAUUGUUGCUGUGCUACCGCAAAGGUCCAACUUCAUUCGAGGACCUGCGGACUGUCGACGGAACUGUGUUUGCGAGCUACCAAGAAGCAGCAACAAUGGCUGGACUAUUUCAAGACGAUCUCGAAUGGGAUCGGGCCAUGCAAGAAGCCGUCACAUUUCAAAUGCCUUCCCAGUUGCGCAAUUUGUUUGCAGUUAUCCUUUCUCAAGAAUUGGCACAGAAUCCUCGCCGCCUAUGGGACACAUACGUAGAUCAUCUGUGCGAAGACUUUCAUUGGCAGCAUCGUGACCGCUACACAUCGGAAGAAUCUGAUCAAAAUCGUAUACUGCGUGCACUGGAACAGGCUCAGGCUCUCCGUCUAAUCGAAAAAUACUUACGGGAAAGCACACCAUCAAAAACGCUCACCAGCAUCUCGGGUAUGCCACAGUUAGCCGAUUUUCACCAUUUUAUACCAAUAGAUCAACUACUGUCCGAUCAAACCAGUGUCAACAUUCACAUAGAUGCGGAGCGUUCGUACUCCAUCAACACGCUUGACGAAACACUAGCAUCGUUGCAUCUGCUAAAUGUCGAACAGCGUUUGGUAUACGAUGUCGUAACAGCAGUGGUGGAUCGUCACGAAUCGGAAUUCGAAGGCUUACCCGAAGAACAUCGCAACCUGUUCUUCUUGGAUGGACCAGGUGGUACCGGAAAAUCAUUCCUUCUAGAGAAGAUUCUGGCUUAUACGCGCCGCCAGUCAAAGAUUGCCCUUGCUGCAGCCUCAAGUGGUAUCGCAGCGUUACUCUUGACGGGAGGUAAAACGGUGCACUCGACCUUUAAGUUACCUCUGGCACUUGACGAAAACAGUACGUGUAAUAUACCCGUACAAUCAUCCCUUGCGAACCUGAUGCGGCAAGCAGCACUCAUCGUCUGGGACGAAGCCUCGAUGAGCAGUCGCUACGCUCUUGAAGCUGUCGACCGUACUCUACAAGACAUCGUGGGUGUGCAUAGGCCGUUUGGCGGUAAGGUCUUGCUACUCUGUGGCGAUUUUCGACAGAUUCUUCCAAUCGUCCCGAAAGGUACAGAUGCACAGGUUAUCCAGCAGUGUUUAAAAAAGAGUGCAUUGUGGGAGCAAUUUAAGGUAUUGAGAUUGCAUGUCAAUAUGCGCGUCCAAACUGCAUCAACCGCGCGGAGUGCAAACGAUCUACAAAACUUUACCGAUUUCCUUCUCCGCAUCGGUGAGGGUCGCCAUGCUACCUUUCCGGGGUUGGAUGCAUCUUUUGCAAAAAUUCCCCGUGAUAUGGUAUUACCUCGCUCUGCCAGCGUUGAUGACAACGUACGAAUAUUGAUUAAUCGCGUCUUUCCGGAUAUUAGACAAUAUUUCGAACAUCUGAAAUAUUUUACGGACCGAGCUAUUCUCUCUCCGAAAAAUGUUGAUGUAACCGCAAUCAAUAACUGCGUACUAGAACAACUACCUGGGCCAGUACAGGAAUAUCUUUCGGUAGACGCGUUAGUAAAUCCAGAAGAACACGAAACGCUACAGAUACCGCCUGAAUUCCUGCAUUCAAUCAACUUAAGUGGAAUUCCAGUUCAUUGCUUGCGAUUGAAAAAAUAUACACCAGUUUUGCUGCUUCGUAAUUUGAAUACCGAACGUGGGUUGUGCAAUGGAACGCGUCUGCUGGUCAUCGAAAUGAAACCGCACUGCAUACACGCUCGAAUCUUAACCGGCAAACGACAGGGAGAUGACGUACUAUUACCACGCAUUUUAUGUGACAGCAACGAUGCGAAUAUUCUGUUCCAAAUUUGCCGGAAACAAUUUCCGAUUCAGGUAUGCUUUGCGAUGACAAUUAACAAGGCGCAAGCCCAAAUAGCCAGCUCGUACUUUAUAGCUGAUUUAGGGCUGUUUAACGAAAAAUCGUUCCGGUACACCGAUUGA